AUGUCGUUACCAGAGCAAUUUGCGAACAACCUGGAAAAACAGCUCAGAAAAACUCCAGGAUUUGGCACGUUGCCAUUUACCGUUGUAUUAAUUGGAGUGGAAUUGUUAAUGGAUCAGGGAUUUUCGUGCCCAUGUACCCCAGGCCUUAAUGCAGUACUGAUCACCUUCAUCUUUCUUGGACCUGCUCUUCUGGCUCUGACUGUGAUGAUGUUCAUGAGAAGGCCUUGCAGACGUAAAUCGCAGAAUGUCACAGAGCUUAUUUUAUUGAGUCUGAUUCUGCCUUCAUUGUGGAUGUUUCUGUUGCUGUUUGAGGGUGAAUAUGUUGCGUGUGGCGUGGCACACUGGGAAGGAGAUUACGUCUUGGAUGAAGAGCUCCAGAUUAAAUGGUGCAAACCCACUGGAAUGAAUCACGCUGGAGUGAAUGGAACAGAACUGCUGGAACUGACCGAAAAAAUCAUUUUCUACUCGAGGCUUUCAGCUUUAGCUCUACUGUCAGUCCUCUGCAUUUCCAUCAUGACUGCCGUCAUUUAUAGAGACUGUAAGAACAGAACUUUGGAGAAACGGGAUGAACCAACACAACAAACAUCUCUCAGCAGCUCAGAAGCGGAUGUACAGCAUCCGUCUGUCUGA